AUGGCGACUGAGAUUACUCCACCAGGGAGCUUCCAAGAACUUCCCCUGACGCCGCCGCCUACGAAAGAGAAACCGUUGUCGAGAAGUGCUCAACGCGUGCUAAACUGUUUUAAGCUCCAUCGUGCAGGUCAGAGGCCACGAUUUUGGUGGCAGCACCGGCUCGAUUUGAACGAUUAUACAGAAGCUUUGCGUGUACUGGAUAGUGAUAGUCCUCUCAAAGGUUACGUCGAAGACAAAGUGAGUCCUCUCCACGAUGUUUUCUGUGCAAAGAUAGUCGAGGAGAUUUCAAGACAACUGAAGCAAUUCGCGCAGAGGGAGAAACCCUACGCUGAUUUUGCGAAGGAGGUCGAGCACCUUGCCACCUCCCGAAUCAUGAUACCCGACGAGACAAGAGAUGGAAAGCAGAUUUAUUCCAAGCGGGAGCCAGACGCAUCAUUUAAGCACCGGCGAGCACGCUACCCUGGCGUUAUUAUAGAGGUGUGCUAUUCGCAAAAAAGUCGACGUGUUUCGCACUUAGCGGACGAGUACAUCCUGGACACUGAUGGGAGUGUGAAUGCGGUGGUUGCCCUCGAUAUUGAUUAUAAAGGGUCCAAAAAGGCGACUAUUACCGUAUGGCGACCGGAAUACACAACCUUGGAUGGCGCGGAGGAGCUUCAAGCGACCGCUGUGGUUGAGGCGCUGCCAUUUCGGACAGAUUCUGGACUUCCAGCCGAGGAAAUAGCGCUCCGGCUGUCUUUAAGGGACUUCGCAACCGAGGAACUCUCACAGGGGCUCACUAGUCUCGAUCAAGAAAUCUCUAUUACAUCGAGACAGCUUUGUGACUUUCUUUCACGCGCCGAAGAAGAACAGCGAGGGCAGACGCUACUGCAGGGCUCUAUCAAUCGUCUACGCCCGGGAGCUGGAAAGCGUCGUCGGCCUCAAACUCCUCCGGAACAGCCCAGCUCGGAAGAGGAAAGAUCAGUUGAGAGGAAAAGAGAAAGUAAACGAGGGCGUCGAAGCAGCGAUUUUUGCCCGGACUCUUCCUCAGGGGAUUCAAAAGGUCAACAAAAUGCUUAUGGCAUCAGUUUUGAGAGACACCCGUGGACUAUCGUGGAAAUUGAAGCAGUCAACAUCUUUACGAAAACACUACCCCAAUAUCACAUUCAUUCCUAUUUGAAGAGAGCGUUCGAUUCCAUUACUGCUAGCUAUGGCGGAGUCUCAACUGCAAACAUUGUGGAUCCAACUUCCAGCCCUUCGCUUAUAGCCCUUGAAGCAUCUGCCGAAACGACACCAAGCGAUACGCAGGCAGCCACUAUUCUCACUGAUAUUCCAAGAGAUCUCCAGACCCGGCAAAACCACCAUCCCGAGCCCGAGCGUGAAAAUUCUCGUGAGCCUUCACCAACUAGGCCACAAGAUCGCCCAAGGGCCUGUAACCAGGAAAGCAACUCUACUUAUCCACAAGAUGAGAGAACUGAAGGACAAGCAGUCGCUGGCCCCCAAGCAUUACAGGAUUCAUUUCGACGAGACGGGAUGCCCGUGGCAGAAUAG